UGCGUGCUGGGGGGACUCCACUCGGGGACAUGGUGACCCAGAGGAACAGCCUGUGCUGGGGGCGCUGGCCGCUGCUGCUGCUGCUGCUGGGCCUGGCCAUGCCCCUGCCUCCGGCCGCUGCCCGGGCCCUGAGCUACCAGGAGGCGGUGCGCCUGGCUGUGCAGGGCUUCAACCAGCGCUCCCGGGAGGCCAGCCUCUACCGCCUCCUGCAGCUGGACCCGCAGCCCCAGGGCGACCUGAACCCAGACACCCCGAAGCCGGUGACCUUCACCCUGAAGGAGACCGUGUGCCCCAGGACCACGCGGCAGCCCCCCGAGGAGUGUGACUUCAAGGAGAACGGGCUGGUGAAGGUGUGCGCGGGGACCGUCGCCCUGGACCAGGACACCGGCUACUAUGACGUCCGCUGCCCAGAGAUCAAGAACGUGGAAUUGAAUGCUGAGAAUCUAGGGGAACGCAUCAAGAAUGUUAAAAAGAAGCUUUGGGAUAAGAUCAAGAGUUUUGGCAGGAGAAUCAAGGACUUUUUCCGAAAACCCUCACCCGAGGGGGAGCCCUGAGGUCUGUUUGGCCCUGGCCCCGGCCUCUGGGCUCUGACCAAUAAAAUCUGGGAAAGCCA